UUUUCCUCCUUGUUGUCGGCUCCUUCCAAUCGAUCGAGUCUAGCUCUCUUUCUUCUCGUGGUUACCUAGGGUUUGCAGCAAGCAUAGUUGGAUUUGAUCCGAUGGGUGAAUGGAAGGUGGAUGACAUACCUCUGCCGGCUCUGUUCGAAGAGGCCUCGAAGAUCCAUUCCGUGGCAUCGGGAUCUUCUGUCGAUCAGGAUGUUGUACGGAAGGGAAUCCAGGCGCUGCGGCGCUGCGAUGAGAUGAUAAGUAAACUGGGGUUGUUCUCGUCGAAUGAGACGAAGGACGAUGUUAGCACGGUCAAUUUGAAGUAUUUGUUGGUUCCGUAUUAUAUUGGGGAAUUAACAGAAAAGGCUGUUGAAGAUGACAGAAUAAAAGUUCUUAAAAUUUCUCAGGAUCACCUGAAGGAGUUCAUUUCAAUUUGUGAAACUUUGGAGCUUGUUCCUGAAGCGGAGUUGGAAAGUUCUAGCCAAGGAGGGCCAGAUAAUUUUGCAACACGAAGAGCAAGAAAGAUUGCCAGAUUCAAGUGGCAGAGAGCUGCAGAAGCGAAGCUGCAAGAGAUUAAAGAAAAAAAAGAAAGGCGUCAUCGGUCAUUGAGGGCAGCCGCUCUCUCUUCACCAGUUGAAGUUGGGGAGGAAGAUGUACUUGAUGAUGAUGGAGAGGAAGAAAGAGAGGCAUGGCUUACAACAAUUUCCUUAUCUAUUUGUAAGGCAUUUGAUCUCUUGGACAUGCUAAAGAAAGAAGAAGAAAUGCUCAUUGCUGUGAAGGACAGACAGUCAAAGGAAGGAGAAGAUUUUACUCAAGAGAUGCUUGAUGAGCGAGCCAACCGGGCUGAAACUUGGCAUAGAAAUGCAGCGAGUCGAGCAGUUUUCUCCAAGCCAGCAGAGCCUAUCACUUGCGCCACCUUUGCUCAGGAUGUCAUCGAAGGCAGGGCAAAAGUUUCACAAGCGCAUGAACACAAGCACCAACCAAUGAUAUUUGGACCGGCAAGCCUCGUUGGUGGAAGGAUAACAAGUGAGAGGGAAAGAAUACAGGCACAAGUCUUCCAACCUGGUCACAGACUGCCUACGAUGAGUAUAGAGGAAGCUGGAUUGCGCGAAAUGGAAAUAAUGCAGAAAUGGCAGGAGAGGAACGCUAAGAUGAUGGAGGAAGCAAGCUCUUCUUGGCACAAGGACAUCACUGCAUCAACAACUGACGACGACGACGAUGCUGAGGUGGAGAAGGCAAGAGCAUGGGAUGAUUGGAAAGACGAAAAUCCUCGCGGUGCCGGCAACAAGAAAUUAACACCUUGCGGCUAAUGGAUUUCAGGCCUUGCAUUGUAUCCCAGAAGCCAACUUAUAGUUAUGUUUCAGUGAGAUUUUGAAGCCCAAAACCUCUCUAAGAAGCCAUUAGAUUCUAUCAUCACCUUAUUUGCUCAAUUAGUAUAUUUAAAGUUUAUAUGUUAAUAUUUUCGAUAGUUUUAAAAUAUUUGUUCAAUAA